AUGUUACAAUUUUGCAGGCACUACUACAAUGACUACUGCAGCUCCAACUGCAGCAACCACCACCGUUGCAGCAACUGCUGCUCCAACUGCAGCAACUGCUGCUUCAACUGCAGCAACUGCUGCUCCAACUGCAGCAACUGCUGCUUCAACUGCAGCAACUGCUGCUCCAACUGCAGAAACUGCUCCUCCAACUGCAGCAACUGCUGCUCCAACUGCAGCAACUGCUGCUCCAACUGCAGCAACUGCUGCUUCAACUGCAGCAACUGCUGCUCCAACUGCAGCAACUGCUGCUUCAACUGCAGCAACUGCUGCUCCAACUGCAGAAACUGCUCCUCCAACUGCAGCAACUGCUGCUCCAACUGCAGCAACUGCUGCUUCAACUGCACAACUGCUGCUUCAACUGCAGCAACCACUGCUCCAACUGCAGCAACUGCUGCUCCAACUGCUGCAACUGCUGCUCCAACUGCAGCAACUGCUGCUCCAACUGCAGAAACUGCUCCUCCAACUGCAUCAACUGCUGCUUCAACUACAGCAACAGCUGUCACCACGCCACCUCCAACAGUGGCCACCACCACCAACGCUGCUCCGGCGGCAGCCACCACCACUGCUGUCGCAUCAACUGAUCCUCCAUCUUCUAGUGAAGGAACCCUGAGUCUUCGGUUUAGCCUCAACCAGAUGUUCACCUCAGAUCUUGCCAACUCGUCCUCUUCAGCAUUCAAGGCUCUGGCUGGCACAGUGGUCUCGGAGGUGAACAAGAUUUUUGUUAACACCCUAAGCUUCAAUCGUUCCAUUGUCAACUCAUUCAAGAGUGGCUCCGUAAUUACCAACAUGACACUUGUGUUCAGUAACAAAAAUUUGGUACCCAGUGCAGGCAGCGCACAGGCAACUUUCACCAGCAGUUCCACCUCCCUGCCCAUCCUACAGGGCAGCGUCAGUGUUGAGUCAUCUGUCAAUUCAGGAAGUGCUCCCCGACCCACUGCCUUCUGUCUGUCUGCCUUGCCUCUCACGUUGGCACUGCUAAUGGUACAGUUGCUGGCUAACUAAUAGCUUGUGUCAUAGCUGCUGUGGCAUUGGCUUGACCAAUGAACUUGACCAAUUUUGACCAAUUUUCCAGCUCUCAUAGAGACACCCUUAAGAUGAAUGACCUGCUUUAGCAGAAGAAUGCACAAUGGACUGUACCUGUGUUAAUUACAAAAUAAAUAUGUAUUUCAUGUACAUACCCCCAAGUACACAAAAACAAAAACACACCUAAAUGUACUUUUUGAUGUCAAGUAUGAUAUUUGUGAUAUUCCUUAAGACUUCGUGUGUUUUUUUUCUGCUGAUGAGUAUUGAUAUUCAUAGUAUUGAUUAUUAAGGGAUAAAACAAAGGUAUGGAUUUUUUUUGACAAACCAAUGCUAAAAUGUGACAAGGUAAAAUGCAUAUACCUUAUCUUUCAAGUGACUGUAUUUCCACUUAUCCAUAUAGGCUCUCAAAUAUAUUACUUAUUUAUUUGCAGCUUGCACAUGUUUUAUCUGUUAGAUUUAUAUGGAAAAUAACUUAAACAAUUAGAAAACCUUUCCUGCAACAUGAGACAUCCAAAUCCUAUUGUAUAAUUUGUUUGCUUUUGUGUUGCCUUUUUAAUUAGGAACUGCUUGUAACUACUGCAUUUAACUACUACAUUUAACUACUGCAUUUAACUAUUGCAGACCAAAUACCUUUAUGAUAUUUACUUUGAGUUAUUUUGGGCAUAUCACUGAAGUGUCAAAGUGGCCGAGGAACUAAUGCGGACCACUGCCCUGUUUUAAAAACAUUGUAACGUCUUACCUUGUUAAUAAUAUUCAAUCCAGUAUGUAAAACC